GUUUUUAUCAUGCGAUUACCCGGGUCACUCAUUUUACUGAUAGGAUUUAAGCUACUAGUAUCAAAUGUCAAUCCAAGCUCUAGUAACUAAGAAGCGUAAAGAGUUCAUCGGACUCCCUGCUCCUCUGGGAUAUGCUGCUGGCAUAGGACGUGGCGCGGUUGCAUUCACUACGAGAUCUGAUAUUGGUCCUGCUCGUGAAGCUAAUGAUGUUUCAGAUGAACGACAUGUUGCUCCAUCUAAACGUAGAAAGGAGCAGGAAGAAGAAGAGGAGGACCUGAAUGAUUCAAAUUAUGAUGAAGUAAAUAUUUAUUGUUUAUGCUCUUAAACUUUCGAAGCAGUUUCUUGCUUUU